AUGCAGCACGGACCUGCGGCAUCCAAGGGACCUGCACCAUCAUCUGCUCCUGCUCCUGCUCCUGCUCCUGCUCCUGCCCCAGCAUUUGGGCCCACCUCCAUCAUGGCACAUCAACCCCCCGAGCCCGAGAGCGACUCUCACAGCGACGAUGAACAAUACAACGAUGGCUCUGCUCACGGCGGGAAGCGCAAGCGUCCGACCUCAGUCUCGUAUGUCAAAUGCGACCGCGGACAGCCAUCCUGCGGAUGGUGCGCUCGCAAUGGCGCAAUUUGCGAAUACAAGGAGCGGAGGCGACCCGGCCUGAGGGCAGGCUUUGGUAAGGAGCUUCAGGAUCGAAUGGACAAGCUUGAGGCUGUCUUGCAGUCUCACUCUGAUAUUAUCCAUCACGUGUUGGCUUCAAAUCCACAGCUCAGUGCCGCGGCUGGUAUUCGAAACACCAACCCCGGCAUACCAAGUGACCACGGUACGCCAAUGGAUGCUUCAUCUCACAUGUACCGAACAUCCGAAACCACGGGAGCAGAGACCGCUUUGCUUGUUCCAAAGACAUCAAGUUUCACGCCGACAUCGCAGACCGUUGACUUUAGUGCACCGCAACACCCUGGCAUGUCUGACACAUUCCACCAAGGGCCCUUGGGAACCAUGCCCACGGCGGGAACCAUGCCCACGGCGUCGCAGAUGCCGCCAAUUCCGUCAUCUACGUCUACAGGACAUGCCUUCUAUCAAAGCCAAUCUAAAGUUCACUCGUCACCUGGUACGCUGAGCCAAACAGCAGGAUCGAGUCCAACAGAUCAGGACAUGCCUCCUUAUGAUCUGCUGUAUUCUCUUGUCGACCUGUACUUCAAGCACAUAAACACGUGGUGCCCAAUCCUUCACCGAAAAACCACACUCGACUCCUUAUUUGGGCCAUCGACACUGCAAGAGACUGAUAGAAUUCUCCUACAUGCAAUUGUGGCAACCACAAUGCGCUACUCCACAGACCCUAGGCUGACCGAAGAAAGGCGGCAGCAUUACCACAAGAUAUGCAAAGAGCGCGUGCUGCUCUAUGGCAUGGAACACACCUCUAUCAAAUCGCUCCAGUCGUUGGUCAUUGUAGCACUCGAUCUUGUCGGCAGAAGCAUUGGUCCACCAGGCUGGAAUAUUUUGGCACUCAUCACUCGUUCGGUAGUACAGCUGGGACUGGCGGUUGAGAGCAACUCGUUCACGGUCUCACCGGGGUACACGUCAAUAUACACCUUGCGGGCCAUGCUCCUCCCGGAACCAAAGGACUUCAUCGACGACGAGUCACGGCGGCGACUCUUCUGGAUGAUUUAUCUUCUUGACAGGUAUGCCACUAUCGCUACGGCUUUCGAAUUCGCCCUAGCAGACAAGGAAAUUGACCGAACCUUACCUUGUCGCGACGACCUGUGGAUGCGAAAUCAGAGAGUGGAUACCAAAUGGUUCAAGGCAAGAGAGCAUCAUGGCGAGGGAUCUGCGCAGGAGAUUUGCAUGCCCGAAAAUCUGGGGGCUUUUGCCUACUACAUCGAAAUCCUGGGCAUCCUGUCCAAGGUACACACGUUCCUCAAACAGCCCGUGGAUAUCAGUGCUCUUGGAGACGUCGAGAAAUGGCAACUGAGCUACAAGGAGCUGGAUAACCUGUUGACAACGUGGAGAUCUGGAUUGCCUCCAGAGUUCGGCGACAUGUCCAAGUUGUUCCAGGCACCAAAGAAGAACAUGAACUGCAUUCUGGUGAUGCUCCAUGGCACGUAUCAUACUGCCGUCAUCCGACUUCAUUCGUCAGCAGCAUACCCCACAACGCGAUCACCGAUAUUCACUCCAUCGUACAGCGCUUCGCAAAGAUGUCACAGUGCUGUUGAGAACAUUGCAGCUUUGGGAGAAUUCGUAGUUCAGAAUGGCCUUCUUAGCAAGUUGGGGCCGCCCUUCGCAUGGACGAUAUGGGUCUCGGCGAGGCUUUUGCUUGUUCACGGAUCCACGGUCGAGCGCAAACUCGCUCCGCAAAUUGGCUUCUUCGUGGAUAUGCUGCGAGAGAUGGGUCGAUACUGGCCGGUGGCGGCGAGAUACUGCGAACUACUCCAGCGGGUGCUUGAUGAGCACCGGGACAGCGAGCAAAAGGGUGAUGGUGUAACGCCGAGCUCUGUCAAAAUCCUGGCCGACAUGCGACGAACGGCAUUCGACCUUGAUGUUUUGAUGUCUCGACAACCGAAACAUAAUUCUGCGACAACAACCGGACUACCCGCCGUUGCGCCGGCCAGAGCACCGGCAGCGAAUGAAUUGGAGUAUCUGGACGUGUUUGACUUUUUCAACGUUCCCCGUCUGCCGUUUGGCGGCGAGAGCUUUGCGGGUGCCCAAACACUGGAUCCGGACACGGCCAUGGAUGCACAGAAUAGGCAGGCCCAAAUGGCGGCGAAUGAGUUCAACAUUACGAAUUUCAUGGUGGAUGCGAAUAGCGACUGGCUGUUCAAGCAGGACGGAGGAAAGUUUAUAGCGACGGGUUAG